AUGCAGAAGGAGGUUCCCACCAAAACUGCCCCUGCACUGUCAACAGCGGCCUAUAGACAAGACACAAUGGAGUACUCCAUCAAAUACGACAAACCCGAGUCGCUGAAACAGUACAUGAGCUCAGGGAAGACAAAAGAGGAACUAGAGGAAUGCUUCAUGAAUAAAGGUGAGCUCCUUCAGGACACAGAAAAGACCUUAGCAGAUACAGGGGAGAACUCAGCUCACACAGGGGUGGCAACAGAGCAGGCCAAAAGAGAGGCAGCUGAGAAGGAAAAGGAUCCUCUUGAGCAAAAGUUUAAAGAGCUGCUGCAAAUGUUAGAGGACCAAGAAAGAGCCUUCAAGGGAUUUAGAGUCAAAAUCACAGACGAGAUGAGAGAAAGAGACAACCUUCUGAGAAAGAUGAAUGAGAGGAUUCAGAUGCUGGAGAUCUUAAGAAAAAUGACAGAAGAACAAGAGGAACACUCCAUGAAGAAAGGUGAGCUCCUUCAUGUUUCAGAGCAGACCUCAGCAGAAGAGUGUGCCAAAAGAGAGGCAGCUGAGAGGGAAAAAGACCCUUCUGAGCAAAAGGUUAAAGAGCUGUGGCAAAAGUUGGAGGACCAAAGGAGACUCUUGGAGAGAUUAAGAGCCAAAAUGACAGAGGAGAUAAGAGAAAGAGAGAAGACCUCAGCAGCUGAAGAGUGGGCCAGAGGAGAGGCAGCUGAGAGGGAAAAGGAGCCUCUUAAACAAAAGGUUAAAGAAUUGCAGCCAAAGAUGGAGGACCAAGAAAGAGCCUUCAAGGGAUUUAGAGUCAAAAUGACAGAGGAGAUGAGAGAAAGAGACAACCUUCUGAGGAAGAUGAACGAAAGGAUUCAGAUGCUGGAGGUAACCUGGUCUGGUCAGGGCAGUGACUGUGGAACAAAGCCCUAG